GGGUCUUCCACGCAACUUAACUUCAGGGUUCCGCGCGGGAAGGCUAACCUCGUCCUGCGUGCGGAGCAGUCUCAGCGCAGCCGUCGGCCUGUCCCUGGUCUUCAAGCCUUCGGUGUUUCUUUUAGUCAAGAUGAGUGAUAAGCCAGACUUGUCUGAAGUGGAGAAGUUUGACAGGUCAAAACUGAAGAAAACUAAUACUGAAGAAAAAAAUACCCUCCCCUCAAAGGAAACUAUCCAGCAGGAGAAAGAGUGUGUUCAGACAUCAUAAAAUGGGGAUCUCCUCCCAAGAACAAAUUUCAACAUUGCCUGAAUGUCUUGGUUUUAGGCUUGUUUUUUGUAAACCUAUGUGUUUGUAGAGAUUUUAGGCAUCUUCUGAUGUUUUCUCAUCCAUAAUCCCUGGCUAAGAGGUCAGAGAUAACCAAUGUUCCCUUACUUUCAUUUUUAAACUUUCCAUUUUUGAACAUUCCAGCUGGCUGAUGCUGUCAGUAAUCUCACCACUGAUGACCUUUGUGUGUGUAGUCCUUGCAUCCCUAAAGGAUAAGUCACUUGUAACUUUCUACACCGGAUGUCUCUACUGUUCCAUAACCUUCAUGAAGUGACAUGCAUUUGCAGCUUCUCACAGUUUAUUUUCAUUUCUAAUGUAGCAAUAAAAUAAUAAACAUAAUCAUUUUG